GCCAAAACUCUCACACAUCCAUGCACUUACCGGCCACUCGCUUUCUCUCUUUUCAAUCUCAAAAGAAUCGAAAAGAAAAGUGUGCCAAAAACCAAAAACAAAAAUCUCUCUCUCUCUCUCUCUGUGUCUAAAGAAAAGGUCAUUGCUUUGAGUAUCAGGGAGGGAUAUGGGUUCAGGAAUUUUGGUGGGGAACAUGUUGAGACCUGACAUUUUGAUGUUGUUGCUACUGUUUUCUUUGGUUUGUUCUGCUGCAGCUUCUGUGACUUAUGACCACAGAGCUAUUAUGAUUAAUGGGCAGAGAAGGAUUCUAAUUUCUGGGUCCAUUCACUAUCCAAGAAGCACUCCCGAGAUGUGGCCUGAUCUUGUACAGAAGGCCAAAGAAGGAGGCUUGGAUGUCAUACAGACAUAUGUGUUUUGGAAUGGACAUGAGCCUUCUCAAGGAAAAUACUAUUUUGAGGAUAGAUAUGAUUUGGUUAAGUUCAUCAAGCUGGUACAACAAGCAGGCCUAUAUGUUCAUCUCCGGAUUGGCCCAUAUGUUUGUGCUGAAUGGAACUUUGGGGGAUUUCCUGUUUGGCUGAAAUACGUUCCGGGCAUUUCUUUUAGAACAGAUAACGGGCCUUUCAAGGCGGCAAUGCAAAAAUUUACAGAGAAGAUUGUCAGUAUGAUGAAGGCAGAAAAGUUGUUUGAAACUCAGGGAGGCCCCAUAAUUCUGUCUCAGAUAGAGAAUGAAUUUGGACCGGUGGAAUGGGAAAUUGGUGCCCCUGGUAAAGCUUAUACUAAAUGGGCAGCACAAAUGGCUGUAGGUCUUGACACUGGUGUCCCAUGGAUUAUGUGCAAGCAAGAGGAUGCCCCUGACCCGGUUAUUGAUACGUGCAACGGUUUCUACUGUGAAAACUUUAAGCCAAACAAGGACUAUAAACCAAAAAUGUGGACUGAAAACUGGACUGGUUGGUAUACCGAGUUUGGUGGUCCAGUUCCUCAUAGACCUGCUGAAGACUUGGCACUUUCAGUUGUGAGGUUCAUUCAAAACGGGGGUUCUUUUGUUAAUUAUUAUAUGUACCAUGGAGGAACUAACUUUGGCCGCACAGCUGGCGGUCCCUUCAUAGCAACCAGCUAUGACUAUGAUGCCCCUAUUGAUGAAUAUGGACUACCACGGGAACCAAAAUGGGGACAUUUGAGAGAUCUGCAUAAGGCUAUCAAAUUAUGUGAAUCAGCUUUAGUUUCUGUAGAUCCCACAGUGACCUCACUUGGAAAUAAUCAAGAGGCUCAUGUAUUCAAGUCAAAAUCUGGUGCUUGUUCUGCAUUUCUUGCAAAUUAUGACACAAAAUCCUCCGCAAAGGUGUCCUUUGGGAAUGCACAAUAUGACCUGCCAGCUUGGUCCAUUAGCAUUCUUCCUGACUGCAAAACUGUUGUUUUUAACACUGCAAGGCUUGGUGCCCAAAGCUCACAGAUAAAGAUGACAUCUGUGAAUAGCGCAUUUUCGUGGCAGUCUUACAAUGAGGAAACUGCCUCUGCUGAUGAUGAUGAUGCAACUACAAUGGUUGGGCUCUGGGAACAAGUAAAUGUCACUAGAGAUGUUACAGACUAUUUGUGGUACCUGACAGAUAUCAAUAUAGAUCCUAGUGAAGGGUUUCUAAAGAAUGGACAGUCUCCUCUUCUCACAAUAUAUUCAGCAGGUCAUGCGUUGCAUGUUUUCAUCAAUGGUCAACUAUCAGGUAAAUAUGGUUCUUGCAAAAUUAUGUCAAGUACAACUUUGAUUUGGUUAAUUCAUCAGCUUCUUAUUCUUAAUGCAGGAACUGUUUAUGGGGGACUGGAGAAUCCUAAAUUAACUUUUAGUGACUAUAUCAAGCUGGGGGCUGGCAUCAACAAGAUUUCUUUAUUAAGUGUUGCUGUGGGUCUUCCAAAUGUUGGCACGCAUUUUGAGACAUGGAAUGCUGGGGUUUUAGGCCCAGUCACUUUGAAGGGUCUCAAUGAGGGGACAAGAGAUCUGUCAAAGCAGAAAUGGUCAUACAAGAUAGGUCUGAAAGGUGAAGCUUUAAGCCUUCAUACUGUUAGUGGAAGUUCCUCUGUUGAAUGGGUGAAGGGAUCAUUAGUGGCUAGAAAACAACCUUUGACAUGGUACAAGGCUACUUUUAGUGCACCAGGAGGCAAUGAACCAUUAGCUUUAGAUAUGAAUAGCAUGGGAAAAGGUCAAAUAUGGAUAAAUGGUCAGAGCAUCGGACGCCACUGGCCUGCAUAUAUAGCACGUGGUGGUUGUGGCGAUUGUAGUUAUGCUGGGACUUAUACUGAUAAGAAAUGCCGAACUAAUUGUGGAGAGGCCUCUCAAAGAUGGUACCAUGUUCCACGCUCAUGGCUGAAUUCGGGUGGGAACCUACUGGUUGUGUUUGAUGAAUGGGGCGGUGACCCAACUGGGAUUUCUUUGGUAAAAAGAACGACAGGAAGUGUCUGUGCUGAUAUCUUUGAAGGGCAGCCGACACUGAAGAGCUGGGAUAUGCUAACUUCUGGCAAAAUCAACAGACCAAAAGCCCAUUUAUGGUGCCCACCUGGGCAGAAAAUCUCUCAAAUUAAGUUUGCUAGCUAUGGAAUGCCUCAGGGAACAUGUGGAAGCUUUAGAGAAGGGAGCUGUCAUGCGCACAAGUCCUAUGAUGCUGCUGAAAAGAACUGCAUUGGACAGGAAUCAUGUUCAGUAACUGUUGCUCCUGAAGUUUUUGGAGGGGAUCCAUGUCCAGGUAACAUGAAGAAGUUCUCUGUUGAGGCUGUCUGCAGUUAAAUAUAGCAGCUUCCGUAACCUACAAAAUAAAUGAUGAGCCAGUGGCUCAUCUCAGUACAUAAAAAUACAUACAUCCCAAAUUGACAAGGUGACUGAUUCGACUCUGCACAAGGAUAUAAGCAUAGAGCCGUGCCACACGCCACACGGCCAAAGCCAAUUGUAGAUAGUGAAGAUUAUUCCAAACAUGCAUCAAAGAUGCUUCAUUUGUAUAGGCAAGCCAGUCAUUUGUCAAAUAUAGUUUUAUACGUCAUACAUAGGGCUUAUUACCGGAUGAGAGUCUAGCCAUUUAGACAGACAAGCCUUUAACUUGCUGUUGAUUGUUAUGUAAUUUUCUGUGAAAGCAGUUUCCUAAGAAUAAAUUGGAAAGUAAUAAAAUCUACCCGGUGAAUUGCAGCUUGAUUUA